AUGUACCGCUCGCUCGUCCUCGCGGCGCUCGUGCCGCUCGCGCUCGGCGACGACUCCACGCCACCGGGCACACCGCAGACGGAGUACUCCUACGACUACACCGACGCGCCGACGACGGCGCCGACGACGCAGACGAUGACACCCACGGCGUCGAACGCCCCGACGCGCGCGGAGACCUACGCCCCGACGCGCAUGACCGAAGCGCCGUCGUACGCGCCGACGACGGACACGUACGCGCCGUCGGUCGCGCCGACGGGCACCGCGGCCCCGACGCCCUGGAACUGCACACUACAUGAAGUACAGGGCUGCGCCGCCCAGGUGCCUGGCGCUUUCUUUCAGCGUGCCCGGGCAGUGCGAGCUGCUACCCCCCGGAAAAGUUCCUCGCGGAGCGGGUAGCUUCGCCAGGCCUGGACAACACGGCGGACUGGAACGACAUCGACCAGCAGGUCGGAACCUUGGCGGACCAGAUCGUCGCGAAAAUCUGCUGA